UACGCCUCAUUCCGUGAUGUGACGUUGUACAGGAACAUGGCGCUUUAGAGGGGAAAUGUUUCAUGGUAGUCAGGGCUAUUGAUUUAUUUCUUUUAGCUAUGUUAAUUUAAAUAACAUUAAGGUACAUUCACCAGAUAUGAUCGGUCGUAAAAGGUUAUCGCCCCCUUUGUCUCUAUGGACAACGGAACAGUAGCUACAUCUCGUAGCGGUGUUUGCUGUCGUCAGCUGAAACUGUUAGCAUUGACAUGCUAGCUGUAGCUAGUGAGCUGGCUAACAGUAAGUAGCUAACGUUAAACGGACAGAAAAUAUGCUUGUUUGUGUAGCCUAUAUUGGCGUUAAACUAAAUACAAAUGAUUAAAACACGUUAUUUAGCAUCAAAUCAGUCAUUUAUUGUUUAGGACGACGAUUCCAGUUAGCUAACAUUUUGUUAGCUAAGCUAGGAGGAUGAAGAACCGCCAUGGACAUGUUUUGUUGCUGGCCAGUGGGUUUUUCCUGUCGGCGUUUUGGCUGUCUGAAGGGGCCCCUCUUCGGUAUCCUCACAAAUCAGGUGGAAGCACAGGGGACACGUUGUCUGUGUCUCUCUACUUGUCCCUGGUAGUGUCAUUCACGGCGCUUGUGGCCUUGGUGGUGUUGCUAGUGAACUGUGUGACCUGUUGCAAGGAAAGGGAGAUCAACUUCAAGGAGUUUGAGGACCAUUUUGAAGAUGAGAUUGACUUCACUCCACCAGCAGAGGACACGCCUUCUAUGCAGUCCCCAGCCGAGGUGUAUACCCUCGCCGUGUCUCCUGUGGCGCUGCCUGGACCCCCACACCUCCAACCUCCUGUCUGCGUCACAGAGGGAUCCACAGGCUUCCAGAUAGCACGUCACAGUCUGAGUUACAUUCAAGAGAUUGGCAAUGGCUGGUUUGGCCAGGUCCUUCUGAGUGAAAUCUAUACAGAUCCAGGUGGAGCCCGAGUGGUGGUGAAAGAGUUAAAAGCUAAUGCAAGUGCCAAGGAGCAGAAUGAUUUCCUGCAGCAGGGGGAUCCAUACAGAGUCCUGCAGCACCCAAACAUCCUUCAAUGCAUGGGACAGUGUGUUGAGGCCAUUCCCUUUUUGCUUGUCUUUGAGUACUGUGAAAUGGGCGAUUUGCGGGGCUAUCUGUCUCAGCAGGAUUGGAUGUUCAGAAAUGCUGAGUUGCUGCAGCUGCAGAGGAUGGCCUGUGAAAUCGCUGCUGGUGUCACUCACCUUCACAAACACAACUUCCUGCACAGUGAUUUGGCUCUGAGGAACUGCUACUUGACUGCAGAUCUGACAGUGAAAGUGGGAGACUAUGGAAUUGGACCCUACAGAUACAAAGAGGAUUACAUCAUCACAGAGGAUGAUGUGUUUGCACCCCUUCGCUGGUUGGCUCCUGAGCUGGUGGGCGAGCGCCAUGGGGGUGUGAUUACUAUGGAGCAGACCAAGCCCAGCAAUGUGUGGGCCUUGGGGGUCACAUUGUGGGAGCUCUUUGAGAAUGCUGCUCAACCGUACCCCCAUCUGUCUGACCGGGAGGUUCUCAAUCAUGUAAUCAAGGAGCAACAAGUCAAACUCUUUAAGCCACAGCUGGAGCUUCCUUAUUCUGACAGAUGGCAUGAGGUCCUGCAGUUCUGCUGGCUGUCUCCAGACAAGCGCGCCACAGCAGAGGAAGUGCACCGUUUGCUUAUCUACCUGCGCAUGCAAGGCCAAAAGGACAUAAAAGAAGACUUUGAGCAACGCUGGGAUGCUCUUAAGCCUAACCCUUCCACUCGGCAGACCACUGUUAGCCACUCUUCUUUUCCAAUCUUGGAACAGUUUGCUGAUGAUGCCUUGCGACAAGAGAUUGACGAAGUUCUUACGGUCACUGAAACAAGCAAAGGUCUCAGCUUUGAGUAUGUUUGGGAGGCAGCCAAACACGACCACUAUGAUGGCAACUAUGGGCGUUCAGGCCUGGACACAACAUUGAACUAUCACAGCAUGUUCUUUCCUGUUUCCAGUGAAGACAUCCAGGCCCAUUUCCCUGAUCCUGUAGCCAGAGCAGUGGGCACAGAAAGGUGUAACACUCAUUCAGGAAUUCCUGGGAUUGUACCAGUGUUUGAUGCACAAAAGCCAUCUAAUGGCAAUGAAUAUUACAUACAACUAGAAGAACAAGGGGAGAACACUGUUAAGGAAGAUGGGACUAGAGGGCAAGACUUGGACUUCAGUACAGGCCAGCAAGACUUUGUUGUUCUCCAAGACGUCCGUCUGGAUGAGUCUAGUACAGAUGCUGAUUUUUUCCAUCAAAGUAUUGACUCCAAGGAUUCUUAUUUACCAGACAGCCACAUCUGGUCAUCUCUUGAAAAUGACAGUCCAUACCACACCAACAUUUUCACUGACGGGGGGUCCAAGCAGCAAGAGGACUCUCCUUCCUGGAGACAGAGUUUUAUGGAGCUUCCAGAGCGCUAUGGCAACCCUUUCCAUGGAAGUGCUCCUUUAGAAGUCCAGGAGGUGGAUAGAGAUAAAAGCUAUGGGGAUUCUUUUUUAGGGGAUUGUUCAGAAGCCCCUUACCUGACAGAUUCUGUAGACAUGGAGAGGGAGAACACAGAUACAAAGAGGCUUUUGAACACUGAAAUACUAGCUGACAACUUUAUGUUUCUCAAAGACCACAGUCUGAUGAAAGACAGAUCUCAUUUCUCAAGUCCACAGGAGAAUUUUCUUCUACCUGGCCGAGCUCACGAACCAGAAGAAAGAUUCAAAAUGAGUUCUUGGGACAACCUUGAGAAUUUAGGCAGCUUAAACGCAGAAGACACUUAUUUAAAACCGGCAGUGAGUAGCACAUCCUCAAGAAAGGAACUUUUAGAUUCUCCCAAUUCCAGCUUGGGGGAGUUAUCUCCUUCGCUGGUAGAAAACGAAACACUGGUGCCUUCCAUUACAGUGGUCACAGAAGAUAACACAAGCAACCAGCUGCCAGUUAGAAAUAGUUUUUCCACCAAAGACCUUGGUCUGCAGCAAUCCUCAGGCAGAGGUAUAGACUCUGGUUUUGAUUCUACCUCUGAGAGGUUUGAGGUUAUCAUCAGUCAAACUGAUGGCCCCACCCCUGCAUUCUCUGAAAGUGCCACUACAGACUCAUUGUGCACAGAUGCCAAAAUUCCAAGCCUUGAAGAUGACCAUGGAACCUCUAAGGAUAAUGUUCAGCCCAUAGGAAGUGAUACGCCUGAAAACCUGCAAGUCCAAGCAUUGUCCUCAGACAACGGACACAAUGAAGACCUCACAAGUAAUGAUCUGUUGAGUGAACUAAUUGAGGAUGCAGAUAUAGAACUGGAAACCACUCUAUCUGACCAUGAAGAAUCCUUUAUGGAUGCUAAUGGACUCCCUAUUGUCAGAUCUUCUCUGUUGAUCUCUGGGCCAUCUUUGGACCAGAUCAGCCAGGACAGUUUACUGGAAGACAGUUUGUCUACCACUUUACCAACUGUAGAUAAUCCAGCCGAGACACCAGACUCUUUAGACUCUCUUGACAUCCACAGACUCGAUGAACAAGGAGAAGAGCUGAGUGCUCAAAUAGCCCAACAUAAACUCCAGCCUCCAUACAAAAUAUCAGACAGUGGGUAUGAGACGGAGAAUCUGGAGUCUCCUGAGUGGAAUUCCCAGCCUAAUGUUAAAGACCAUUCGCCUGUAAAAAAUGGCACGAGUGUUGCCACAGAAGAGGAGGAAAUAGAGGAGCUCACAGCUGCUACAAAUCUGGUUCCACCAGAAAUCAUCAUCUCCGAAGUAGAGGGUGUGCUGGAUGCUCACAGUGAGGAUCCCAGUGAGUUCCACCAGCCAGAUCAUGUAGCUCCUGCUGAGGAGCCACUCAUGGGCAGUAAUUACAGAGACUCUGCCUACUUUUCAGACAAUGAAUCCGAACCUGAGAAGAAGUCUGAAGAAAUGGUUCUGGGAGUUUCUGGUGAAGUCACGUGGCUGAGGAACUCUACUGAGGUGGUCAGCGUGGCUGCUAGAGGCCCAGCACUGGAGCGCAACGUAGAGAGAGAUGUAGAUUCCUUAUUUUCUCAAUCACAGGGAGAUGGAGAAACAUCUGCUUCUCAUGUUGGGGUCAUACUACAGGAGGAAGAUUCAGAUAUCACAGAGAAAUGUGAGAAUGAGGCAACGGCGUCCUGCAGCAGUCAUAAAGAAUAUAGAAACAAACCAGAGUUGUUCAAGGACUUAAAAUUUCCUGGCCAACCAGACUCAUCAAAAGAGCUGGAAACCUCAACUCCACUUCCUUCUGUUGCCCAAUCGAAGCCAGUGCCAGAGAACUCAGGUCAUGCUAAACUCACCAGAACUUACGCGAGUGAUGGUCAUAAAAUAAGGGAGCCGGACAUGGAGGGGCGUUACCUGGGGAGGCGGGAUGGCUUGGGUUUAGAUGGACAGGAGGACGGCGUAGAUGCGGACGAGGAGGACGAGAACAGCGACGACUCUGAUGAUGACAUCUGUGGGUAUGAGCUAAACAGCUCCAGUUCAGAAAGCGAGGACGAUACCGUGCAUACGGUGCCACUUGUUGUCUCAGAUGACAGUAGUGCAAAGAACCUGAAGAGCCUGUUGAAACCCACCACGCUGAACAUCCAAGCAUCAUCUUCCCCGUUUCCUUCAAGGUGCAAUGCAGAUAACUCCAGAAGAUCUGUGUCUUUUUUUGAUGAUGUCACUGUCUACCUGUUUGACCAGGAGACCCCCACCAAGGAACUGGGUGACCACUCCUCAGGCUCCCACAACCAGGCACCAGAGUUCAGCAGCCCAGUGUCCACUGCGAGCUACCUGAACCGGUUCACAAACUCUGAAAGCUCCACCGAUGAAGAAGGUGGGGGUUUUGAGUGGGAUGAUGACUUCUCCCCCACACCUGCCUUCCUGCCCAAGACGGAUAAAGACCCUGUAUCAAAGACCAUGUCCUCAUCUGCAGCAUCUCGCUUUUCCUCUCCGCCCCCUGCAGCAGGGCGCGUGCUGGAGCCGAGCUGGACCAGCUCCUCCAACUUCUCCCGGUUCUCCAUUUCACCGGCCAGCAUCGCUAACUUUUCCCUUACACAUCUAACCGACUCGGACAUUGAACAAGGAGGAAGCAGCGAAGAUGGAGAAAAGGACUAGUGUUAUAUAUUAUCAUCCCACUAUUGAAAAAUGAACCUUUACUCGCACUUUUGGGGAACGGAGAACAGCUGAAUGACAAAUGACGCGGUUUGUGGGGCAAACCGUGGAUGCUUCUCUCAGGCAGAACUGCUCUUUACCUACAUGGAUAUGGCCGUGAAAAACAACCACUUUCAGCAAAUAAGACAGACGAGGCCCAGCUCCAGUCUGAGCCAUAUCACCUCUCCAGCUGUGUGUGUGUGUGUGUGUGUGUGUGUGUGUGUGUGUGUGUGUGUGUGUGUGU